UAUUAUUAGUCACAUAUAAUUAAUGCAGUCUGGAGAAAUAAGUGUUGAUUUAUCAGCAUUGUUAGAAGAAGCGUUUCUCUUAUUGACAGCUGAUUGGCCAUUGUUUUGACCACGCCUUCACGCUAUGCUCUGGCGGCGCAGCAGAAAAACAAAGUCUGUCGUCGAGGAAGGAUUACGUCCAGAAAUGAAGUUGUUUUUCUUUUGUUUUAAUCGUUAACGAAGUCGUCAGUGUCCGUCCGUAUGCCGGACAGUGAUAGCUGGAAAGUGUUCUUGGUAUCGCGCCGAACGGAAAUAGUGUUAGUCUGCGAUCGAUUCGUUGCGCCUAAAAAAUAACAUUCGUCUCCGUGCAGUGGUCAUUGACUUCGAGCAAGUGUCAAAAUCGUCCCUGAUCGUGGAGCUUUACAAGAGGCAUCCUUUAUAAUAUACAGUGACGAAAUGCUCGUGUACUCUUAAUUAGGUCUUUUGAUGAACUCAAGACUCACUGUUUCACUUCGACUCCGUCUUUGCCGUCCUUGGUUUUAGCAUCCUCCAAAAAGGAUCAUUUAUUACUGGGAAACGUACGUGGCUGAUGUCUUAUUGCUUUUGUUACAACCUUAUACAUUGUCUGCGAAGUGCUGUGCAUGUGACAGUCGUGGGAAUUCCGGUUGACAACGAUACAUUGAAUCGAAGGACUCUUGAGGCUAGAGAUAGAGUAACUAAUAUCAAUUAGUUCAGUCUGUCUUACAAUAUGAUACCGGAAGAAAGAAAGGGUAAAAUUUAUAAUAAGAAGCCCUUUCAAGCUUUUAAUCACUGAUUAUCAAUGUUCAUCCGUGAUCAGAGUGCAAUGCCAGUACAUCAGAUUAAUGUCAAUCCACCUGAUUGGCAAGCACAGCCACUUGGACCUUCAAAUAAUAUGAAUACAACUGGCAACGAAACAUUACCAGAAUGGACACCACGGGAGCCAGCAUAUGCGACAGUCGUUACUGUCAUACCAGAUCAUUGUCACUCGUCGGUGAGCACAUUGUCAUCCAACAAUCAUGACAUUUGCCGGAUAUGCCACUGCGAGGGUGAAGUUGGAGCACCGCUGCUGGCACCUUGCUAUUGCAGUGGCAGUCUGCGAUAUGUGCAUCAGGCUUGUCUUCAACAAUGGAUAAAGGCAUCGGACACACGUGCCUGCGAAUUAUGCAAAUUCACAUUUAUAAUGCAUGCAAAGACAAAGCCAUUUUCAGAAUGGGAAAAACUGGAUAUGUCAGCCCUGGAGGUUCGCAAGCUGUCCUGCGCUGUGGCUUUUCAUGCAGUAGCUGCUCUGUGCGUCGCAUGGUCUCUGUAUGUACUCGUCGAGCGUUCUGUCGAGGAGGCACGAAGAGGAUUUGUGGACUGGCCAUUCUGGACGAAGCUAAUAGUCGUCGUGAUAGGCUCCACAGGAGGAUUGGUCUUUAUGUAUAUCCAGUGUAAGGCAUACAUUAUGCUUUUUAGGAGAUGGCGUGCAUUCAACAGAGUCAUAUUUAUUCAGAAUGCUCCUGAGAAAGUUGUGCUUCCUCCUUCACCGACGGAUUCCCUCAGGGAGGCAAGCUUACCCUUAAAGGAGUCUACUGCCCCGUUGGCAGAGCUCAAUCACGCCCUCUUAUCGCGAAACGUAGAUCUUCCGUCCUGCACUUCGCAGACGGCAAAACCUGAUUCUGCACCGCCUCCACAGAGGCACGACGCUCAACUGAAACUUUAUGUAUUCGACAAGUUCUCGUCCGAGGACAAUCUGUACAACAAAGGUGAUACUUGCUAAAAUUAACGAACCUGGUGAUCGGAUAGCCUGGAGGCGCGUCGGAAGUCACAAUUCUUAAUUGCCAUAGAAGGGAGUGCGUUAUAAAAUAUAUACCCCUUUUUAUUUCUCGAAGUCGUUCGACGACGGUGCUUUCCAGGUGCACCUCCGGUCGGCACUUAGUACUUCAGUGCUUAUAUUGACAGUGGGGUAGGCGGACAUUCGAAAUGGAGUACCCCAGACAAUUAUGUACAUAAUUAUUGUAUCUGUGAUGUUAUUAAAUAAACUUUACGAUAUUUAAAAGAUAA